AGAGCUCAACGUGUUUGCGUCACUUCCUUUCCGAGACGGAGAGCGCGGGGAAAUUUGACAGAAAACAUCGAUAAAGUAACUUUACAAUCGGCUUUGUUAUACAAUAAAAAGGGUUCUUGUUUGGAUAUUUGUUCGUUCACUGUUCAAAACACGGACCGAAGAUGAGAACGUUAGAGGAGGUGCAGGCCACGCUGCAGAUCGCCAAGCUGAAAGAGGAAGAUUUACACACAACAAUCCACUGUCUAUCAUUUGGGGAAAACGUCUCAUCUGCAGACUACUGUCUGAUGGAGUUAGACGACACACUAUGCAAACACAUAGAAGCUGGCCAAAGUCUCGUCAUUCGAGGGGAUAAAGAUGAGCGUGCAGUACUUUGUAGCGGUGACAAGACCUAUGAUUUAAAAAUAGCCGACACAUCCAAUCUGCUGCUGUUUAUACCUGAAUGCAGGACGCCAGACCAACUAACCAACAACCAGGACAGCUCUCACGUUGUGCAUGCACAGAUCUGGGGAUUUUGUAACAGCUACUGGGAACUGAGGAAACAGCCGCCUAAACUGAAGAAGCUCAAGAAGAUUUUAAUGGAGAAUCCUUAUGAAGGACCUUUGUUAGCAGGGCAAGAGGAGAAUACAGAGAACAAGUACACAAUGGAGGACCUCUUAGAGAGAAUUCAGGCCAGUGAAGAAGAAAUAAAGACCCACCUGGAGACCAUCCACGCCUGUCAGAUAGAUGGCUACUGGCGUGUGCUGGACUUUGACUAUGAGAUGAAGCUGCUUGGUCAUGUAACUCAGCUGGUGGAUUCUGAAUCAUGGUCCUCCAAUAAGGUCCCCCUUCAAACCUGUCUGGAGGAGCUGGCCCCACUAGAGCCCCAAGAGAUGAUCCAGCACUGUUUGAACUGCUACGGGAGACGCUUCACUGAAAAUGAUGAGGUGUUUUAUGCAUUGCAUGAGGAUAAAGUAUGUCGAGGGGUGGCACUAAUGCUGCUGCAUAAUGCUGUCAAAUUCAACCUGAGGGAGUUUCACGAGGUCUGGCAGCAAAGUGUCCCAGAAGGCAUGAGCACAAGGCUGGAGCAGCUAAAGGGAGUGGCCCUGGUAGACCGCACCUCCCGGCCAGAAACCAUCAAUCUGCUGCGAGUUGAGGAUCUCCCAGAGGACACGGUUGAGCGCUUCAACCACCUGUUCACACUCAGGGAGAAGUGGACCGAAGAGGACAUCACACCAUACAUACAAGACCUGUGUGGAGAGAAACAGACCACCGGAGCCCUCCUGACCAAAUAUGCUCGAUCAUCACUGCAAAAUGGGAUUAAGGUUUUCAACUCCAGAAGACCCGUAGCUACAUGAAAAAAAUCAACUGUGGAUUGACAUGAUGUGAAUGUGGAUUCACAUCUGGAGAUUUUUUUGACAGUUAUGUUUAUUUCCACUGACUUUUUAAUUAAUCUAUCUAAAUCAAAAUUGACAAAAAUAUCAUUAAUGAAGAAAUAACCCAUUUAAU